AUGUCUAUACAACAAGUCCAGUCACGCGGCAUAUAUCAUGGCCUGCCAGUGUUUCCAGACGACAUAGAAGGCCUCACAGCAAUAAUCACGGGCGCCAACGGCAUCUCUGGCCAACACAUGCUGCGUGUCCUCGCGCAAUCUCCGGAGCGCUGGUCAAAGAUAUACUGCCUUUCUCGCCGGCCGCCAGCAAUACCGGGUGGUUUGCCAUCAAACGCCAAACACAUCCCAUUGGACUUCCUAAAAGAGCCCCAAGAGAUUGCCGACGUUCUGAAAAAAGAAGACGUCAAGGCUGACUAUGUCUUCUUCUACUCUUACAUCCAAGUCGAGCCGAAGGAAGGCCAGGGGUUGUGGUCGAAUGCGGAGGAGAUGUGCGAAGUAAACACCAAGCUGCUCCGUAACUUCCUCGAAGCGCUGCCGUUGGCGUCGGUCAAGCCUCGCCGCAUCAUGCUGCAGACGGGCGCGAAGCACUACGGCUUGCAUCUAGGCCCUACGUCAGUGCCACAGGAAGAGACUGACCCGCGAGUCCUCAUUGAGCCGAACUUCUAUUAUCCCCAAGAGGACCUCCUAUUCGACUACUGCAAGCAGCACGGCAUCGGCUGGAAUGUUGCACGGCCGUCGUUCAUCCUCGGCGCAGUUCCAGACGCUGCCAUGAAUGUCUGCUAUCCGCUCGCUGUGUACGCAUCGGUGUGCAAACACAUGGGUCAACCCCUGGAUUUCCCAUAUGAUCUGCAUUCCUGGGAGACACCGCAGGAUCAGAGUAGUGCGAUGAUGAACGGUUACCUCGAAGAGUGGGCCGUCCUGACUGAUGCCGCCGAGAAUGAAGCCUUCAAUGCUUGCGAUGUCAGCGCGUUCACUUGGGGGAAGUUCUGGCAGAAGAUGGCGGGUUGGUAUGGCAUCGAGUAUAAGAGACCGGAUCCUGAUGCCGAGUACCGCGAGUUCACGGUACCGAGGAAAGAGACACCUCGAGGCUUCGGACCGCAGUCCACCGUCCGCAGCACAUUCUCCUUCGUCGAAUGGGCGAACCGCCCGGAGGUGCAAAAAGCAUGGACCGAACUGGCCGAGGAGCAUGACCUCGUCGAGAAGAAGUUCAGAGACAUUGAGCGCAUCUUCUCGUUCACAGACGCGGCCGUCUCAAAUGGAAUCAUGAUGAAUUUUAGCAUGGACAAAGCCCAUAGACUUGGGUUCCACGGUUCGGUUAGCUCUUCGCAGUGUAUCCUGGAGGUGUUCAAUGACUUCGCGAAGCUGAAAAUGAUCCCGCCGGUACCCAUGGUGGAUGUUAGAUUUGUUUAG